GGUGGGAGAGGUCAUGCUCUUCUCACUUCCUCUGUCGUCACAGACCCUGACCAGACGUGUCGAAACUGAAGAACACUUCUGCCAUUUAAACAAAGAUCAUUGCCAUACGUGUUGUGCCCUACCUGAUGAAGAAGUAAACAUGAAGUGAUAAAUAAAAACAAUGACACAUUUUGUGGAUUGAAAUAAUCGGACAUUGUCUGUCUAAAAUAAAACUGAGAAGGAAAUUGAUCAAUAAGACACAGAUGGAGCUGGUGCCGCUGGAGGUGCUGUGGUGCCAGUGCCAGGGCAACGCCAGCGCCACGCCGCACCUGCACCAGAUCCACAGCCAGGUGGCCCAGAUGCACGCGGACGCCGCCCACCACGCGCUCUGCUACGUGGGCGUGGUCGUCUCGCUCUACCUGCUGGGCCUCGCCGCCAUCAUCGGGCGCUCGGGGCGGUCGGAGCGCCAGGCGGCGGCGUCGGCGCUCGCCUCCUGCUUCUCCGGCGCCCUCGCCUCCGUCGGCCGCCUCGCCGCCUCCGUCGGGAGUUCGAGGGCCGCCCCCGCGGCGCCCGCGGCGGCCCGGGAGCAGCCGCUCAGGCCGGCCAUCGCGCUCCUCCCCGUGCCCCUCCAGCAGAUGCCGGGGGCGCCGCCCCCCCGCGCCAGCACGGCAGCGAGGCCUUCGCCGAUGCAGCUGCAGCUGGUCGUGCCGGACGACGACGACGACAUGGAGCUGUCCAUGAUCACCUCGGUGGCCUAGGGGACACGACCCGCCGCUGAGGUCGAGGCGGCCGAGGAAAGCGCACAGACUGUUUCUCUAUUUCUCUGAAGUGACUCGAGGUUUGAGGUUCACGCCAAAGUCGCAGCUCUCACGGGCGUGGAUGUGGCCACGACGCCCGUGCUCUCUGGAAGUGGCCUCGGGAGGGCGUGCGGCAAA